GACUUUGUCCAGCCCUGUCACUUCGGCUUUCGCAGGGACCCUAGCGAUAUAAGACGGAGCCCCGUCCACAGAUAUGCAGACCUCUGGUGCUCCUCACGCUCCCUUCUAUCAUCACUAUGGCUGCAAAUGUCCCGUACUUCACAUUCAAUAACGGCCGCAAGGUGCCCGCGAUUGGCAUGGGGUGUUGGAUGGGCUCGCCAGGAGGCGGAGAGACUGUUGAGAUCAUGGUGAAGAAUGCGUUGAAGCACGGAUACCGUCACCUAGAUACCGCAUUUGGUUAUGCAAAUGAGGAGCAUGUCGGCAAAGCAAUCCACGAGUCCGGCAUCCCUCGCGAGGAUAUAUUCGUUACUACGAAACUGCCGAACAAACACCAUCAUAAGGUCCGCGAGUCAUUCGAGACGUCGCUGAAGGCUCUCGGCCUGGACUACGUCGAUCUAUAUCUCAUUCACUGGCCUCAAUCUGAUACAGAAGAGGGUGAACAUAUUCCGUGCGGUCAAUAUCCCACCGUUGUCGACACCUGGAAACAGAUGGAGCAGCUACUCGACACAGGAAAAGUCAAGUCUAUCGGCGUGUCCAACUUCUCCAUCAAGACGCUCACGGAACUCCUAUUGCACUGCACAGUCGUCCCAGUGACGAAUCAAGUCGAAGUACACCCUUGUCUGCCGUCCUUCGAGCUGCAGGAAUUUUGCAAGUCAAAGGGUAUUUUGAUCACUGCGUACUCGCCUCUAGGUCGCCCGCUACUUGGCCAAGCGAAACCGAUAUUCUUCACCGACCCCGACGUCGUCGGCAUCGCGGAGAAGCGCGGAGCGUCGCCAGCGCAGGUCGUGAUCAGCUGGGGCGUGAAGCGCGGAAUAAUUGUCAUUCCGAAGAGCGAGAACGUUGAGCGUAUGAAGGCGAAUAUCACGCUACUGGACCUGUCAGAGGGCGACAUGGCGCUGCUGAACGGCAUUCAUAAGCGGCCGGGGAUGCACAAGUCGCUGUUGACGUACCACAACUAUACGGAUGACGGGCUGAUCUUCGGUUGGACGUACGAGCAGCUGGGGUGGAACAUGAAGAAGGGGGGUAUCGUGAAGGACAACUGA